AUGCUUGGUGAAUCCUCCCCGACCAUUGACCAGCAAAAUGACUCCAAAUCCCCUGUCAAGUCCAAAGACGGGGGUUACUUCCAAUGUGGCUUUUGUAAACGCCACUACAAUCGCGCGGAUCAUUUGAUUCGCCAUGUUCGCUCUCAUACUCGUGAAAAACCAUAUGUUUGCGAUGUUUGUGAUAAGGGGUUUGCUCGUCCGGAUCUCUUGAAGCGCCAUGCAGCAGGACAUGCACAUGAUAGAGACCGGAAACGCAAAAGAAGCUCAUCAGUUGCAAAACAAAGUCGAGUAUCACAGGCUUGUAAGACAUGUGCUGCUUCGAAACUCAAAUGUGACGAAGAAAAGCCUUGUAAACGGUGUCGUGAACGGAACCUUCAAUGUGACUGGCAGGAUAUCUCACAAGACUCUUCUCCCGAAUCGCCUCAACAAAAUGAACACGAUAUGCAGAAUCCCAACAACCCGCCUGCUGAUUUGAGUACCUCUCUUCUAUUUUCGCCAAUGCCGACCCCAAUGGAAGACUUCCAACCCACAAAUACUAUCUUGAUGACCCCCCAAGGACCACCACUUGACCCAUUACUCUCCCCGGAGGUUCCGACAUGUGCUGAACCGACUCAAAUCGAAUAUGGCGUUUCACCUACAGACCAUGAAAGUGGGAUAUUUAGCGUCGACGGCACAUUCUUUCCCAACUUCAUCCCCGACUCGAUGUUUUCUUCCCUUGGUCGAUAUAACGAUCCCUUUGAUCCGUCAAGUUUCAUCCCCGAGUUUACCCCAUACGGAGUGCUCGAGAACCUCUCCUUAGAUUUCAGUUUAACGGACGGCGAUUUCGGACUCAUAGACAUGUACAACUCCCGCAGUUUGAUGGCGGGCGAUGAGAACGAACAAGAUAAUCUUGAUGCAGACAGUGGCAUUGGAAUUGGAGCCGAGGCUUACCACCGAUCAUCAUUAUCUGCAUGGAGGCCUCUUCGAGAAGAUCGUGCAUUUAUUGAUCAUGAAAAUUUGUCUAUUCCUCAGGCCGUUGAUAGCCCGGGCGUAGGCGCCACCGAAAGACAGACAUUGUGCGAACGGUUAUCUUCGAGUAGCCGCGACUUGAUUUUCGGACUCGUACUAGAGAUUAGUCGGGAGGCCAACUUGCAUCAGAUCACAAAGUCUUUUCCUAGCACAGAGUUGCUAGAUGGGCUUAUUCAACAGUUCUUUCAGUACCAAAACCAGAGUGUUAUUUCAUUCGUCCACGGAGCGACGUUUCGGCCAAAUAGUGAACAUCCGAGCAUUCUUGCGGGGUUGGCUGCUGCAGGAGCUAUCAGGUCAUCUAUUCCUACAAUUAGGAAGCUUGGAUAUGCCCUCUUAGAAAUUGUGCGGAUGUAUCUGCCCACAAAGUAUGAAAAUGAUAAUAGUGCGACACGAUGCUUGCGGACGUCGCAGACCAACUUCCUAUGUCUCUGGAUUGGUCUUUGGAGUGGCAAUAGGAGGAAGACUGAAAUCGCAGAAAGUUUCAAUCAACCAUUGGUAACUAUGCUUCGCCGUGGUCUCCGAUUUCGUCGAUCAGUUUAUGCAACAAUAAUCCCCCUUGCUGAAGAUACGGACGAUGUGCUGGAGCGCAAAUGGCGCGAGUGGAUUGAACAGGAGUCAUUCAAAAGACUUGUCUAUCAUAUGUUUGUUCACGAUUCAGAAAUUGCAGUUGCUCUUAAUGUGAAUCCUUUGAUAUCAUACACAGACUUGGAGCUUCCACUACCCGCGCCGCGUCGAUUAUGGGAAGCCAAAACAGCCAAGGAAUGGAGAGAGCUAUACCGAACAGUCACCCCCGAGCGUGUACCAUCACUAGCGGAUCUUCUUCGUGACAUGGCUCAAUUAUCUAUAUUCCAGAAUCGAGUCGACACCCAACUCUCAACUCUGGUUCUUUUACAUGGUAUCUCUGCCCUGGUGAAUGAAUACCAUAGUCUAAAAUUUAUCUCAACAAGCAAUUCCAAGCAUUGGCACGCGCUUGUAACCAACUCUCGCCAACAAGAACUCAACCAGGCUCUCCAGCAUUUUAGAAUGGUUCGUUCUGAGCUUCAUGCCCCAGCCCUCCCUGAAAUUACCCUAGUCAGCGAGGUCGUCUCUAUGUUACUUUACAUGUCACUCGAAGAGCUCCAACUCUUUGCAGGAAAGGAAGACAAACAAGAAGCACGUCGCGUAUACCAUUCUGCGUUAGAAUGGAUCGCGAGUCCAGACUCCCGGCGUGCAGUCUGGCAUGCAGGACAAACGAUUCGCGCAGCUCGUCAAAUGCCACCUGGAUCUUUGACGGGGUUCUUGGCCAUUGGGGUCUACUAUGCAAGCCUGGCAUUCUGGUCAUAUGGCGUUGUCUCUAAGGCUCAGAAUACAAGACUCACGGGUAGCCCUGCUUCUCAAGUAUCUACACAGGGACCGAUAGUUUAUCUUGAUGCGGAGGAAGUCGCUGAUGUGUCAAAGUUCGUGACUCUGGGCUGUGGUCAACCCGCUUUGGAAGGUCCAAAUGGACCAGUCUUCCUGUCGGAGCCUGGAUUGAUGAUGCAAAUUGGACAGCGAGCUCUUCGCGUCGAUAACUCAGAGACUACUCCGCCGUUGGUUCAAAGCCUGGCUCAGCUGAUGGGUGAUCUAGGAAACUGUGUUUUGACAGGAAGGGGUUAG